AUGAGAGAUGACGAUGUGGAUGAGUUUAUUGCAUUGACCAAAUCUUCAAGAGAGACCGCCCGCCAAUUCCUUUCGAACAACAACGGAGAAUUGAGCUACGCUCUGAAUGCCUUUUAUGACAAUUUCGAAAAUGGAUUUGUGGAGGACAUCAGGAUUGUAUCGCAGCAAUUGGUAGAGCUUUUCGAGAAGUACAACGAUGACGACAAGAGCGACGCGAAGAUGAACACGGACGGACUGGUCCGUUUUGUAGAAGAUUUAGGAUUCGAGCUCGAAGACCCUGCAACACUGUGUCUGGCACACGAUUUGAAUUGCAAAAGUCUGCAAGACCCGAUCACGAAGGAUCAAUUCGUCGGAGGAUGGCACUCGGCCUUCUGCGACACUUUUGAGGAUAUCAAGAACACGCUUGUCGAACAAAGGGGCAGGCUACAAAGAAGUCCAGAGUAUCUAGAGACCAUCUACAAUUAUACUUAUGGUCUGAUUCUCGAGCCCGACCAGAAAGCUCUUCAGUUGCAAUCUGCUGUGGAAUACUGGAACCUGUUUUUCGAUAGUUCAACAGAUGUAAAACUCGCAGUGCAGCCAUCGGCGACUCUAUUGGAGCUCUGGCAAGUGUUUUUAAGCUCCCAAGGCUACGUGAAGAUCAGUCGUGACGUAUGGCAAAUGUUUUUCAAGUUUAUAAAGAAAUAUUCUACCGUAGAGGCUAUCAAAAGCGAAUACAACGAGCUGGACGCUUGGCCUCUACUUAUAGAUGAGUUCUACGAGGAUCUUGAAGAACAGGGACUCGUAUAG